CUCUCUCUCUCUCUCACUCUCACUCUCACUCUUCUAUUAGACAAUAGACCAUAAUCAUUUCAUUCGAUUGGGGUUCGUUAAUCGUGAUCUCGUUAAUUGAUUUGACCAACGCUUCUCAUGUUUUACAUAAAUUUCCUACUUAGUAAAGUUUUUUUCAGCUGUCAGAAAAUUUGUAAAAUUCCCUUCUUUUUAUCGUGAAGAUUUAUCUUUGAAAGAUGUAAUUCCUAUACGGAUAUUUAAUGAUUUUCAUUGGUAUUCACCGAGAAUCGUUUCGGAUUUUGCUAUUCGUUUGGUCGUUCAAGGUAAAUUAGAAAGGACGUGUAUAAAAUGCGAAUUUGUUCUUCGUUACCUCCUCCCCACCACGUGGCCCUUGCCGUUGCCCCUUUCACGGUUUGAUGUUUCCCCUUCUACCGACGCACACAAAUACACCCUCCCACCCACACACUCACACACACUCACACACACACACACACACAUACACAAACACUCUCUCUCUUUCUCUCGCGGACGCCUUUACGCUGCUCCCAACCUGACAGUGUCCCUGUAUCCUCGCAACACUCCUUCCUAUACGGUGAGCGGGAUAGUUUUCGCACGACGCGCCCUUCCAUCAAAGCUACCGAACGAGGAAAGUACGGCUAAGCCAUUUCUAUCGUCGUCCGUCAUUAGUGCACGGAUCGUGUGUUAUCAAUCAUCGGAUCCGUGUCGUGCCGACGAGAUGUGAUUUGCAGGAUCUAUGACGGGAAAAAUACUUCUUUUGGAACGAGGCAAGCAGAGGGACGAAGAGGAACGGUUGGUCUUUAAUCAUGCUCGCUCGUUGAAAAAAAGCGCUUCGAGAGGAGAUAGCUACAGCAAGGGAGGUGGGUUGGGACAGAUAUACAAAAGGAAAUUCUGAACCUGUGCUUUCCAGCUUCCAGUCAGCGAAUGAAUUUCUCUGUGAACGGAAUGUAUCUCUUUCGCUCGUUGGUCAAUUUUCUUCUUACAUAAAGUCGAUUUAUAAGCGCUACCGAGAUCGCGACCAAGCCUUCCGAGCGUCGCUUCGAAGAACGAAAGAUAGAUAUAUAUAUAUAUACAUAUACAUAGAGAGAGAGAGAGAGAGAGAGAGAGAGAGAGAAAAGAUAGAAAUAGAAACAAUACUCAGCUAGAAAAAUAACCCAUGACGAAUCAUGAUAGCGCGAGGACCAUCAGAGAAAAUAGUUCGGGGAGAUGGCUUCUGCCGAUCCGGCAGACUUUCGAUAUCAUUAAGAACAACUCGAAAAUUUAAAAUUCGAUUUUAACGUUCGACCGUCUCAUAAAAUACUCAGAAGAGGCUAAGAAGAAAAACGGGAAGAGAUUAAAUAUCGUCGAUUCGUGCGAUUCGCCAGCAAAAUACGAGCUUAUGUGUUGGUGAUGUGUUGGUCGAGGAUAGUGCUUCAGGAACAAUGCGAUCUUCGCGAUAACGAGGAUCAAAUCGGUUCGUCGGAGAGAAAGAGAGAGUUAAAGGGGCUGAGGACUCCCUGGGAGGCUGAAAAAGUAAGUCCUGGGGAAGCGGAUUCUUGCGAUUAAAGGCGAUAAACUCUCUUGUUAUAAUACGAUAUAACAUUGAGGACGACGGUGUUUUAUCCAACGUAGACAACAUGGGGAAUGGCAUGAAUAAGGUGCUUCCUGGCCUUUACGUUGGUAAUUAUCAGGACAGUAAGGACGCAGAUCAACUGGAAAGGUUCGAGAUAACUCAUAUCCUGGCGAUUCACGACACGGCUCGUCGAUUACAUUCUAAUAAGCAUUACUUAUGCAUCUUAGCCGCCGAUAGGCCGGAUCAGAAUUUAUCGCAAUAUUUUUCUCUCUGUAACGAUUUCAUCCACGCUGCUCGUUUGCGCGGUGGCAAUGUUCUAAUACAUUGCCUGGCGGGCAUGUCGAGAAGUGUGACGGUCGCAGUCGCCUAUAUCAUGAGCACCACAAAUCUAUCCUGGAAGGAGGCACUUAAGGUCGUGAGAGUAGGUCGUUCUAUCGCCAACCCAAACGCUGGCUUUCAACAACAGCUCGAGGACUUUGAAUCGAGCCGUCUUCAGGAGGAACGACGAAGAUUGAAAGAACGAUUUCCUAGUCUCGCACUCGCAGAGUCCGACGCGGAAGCAUGUAGAGCCACUCUUAAAAAUUACGAGGCGUUGGUGCAAGCACGAGAAGUUUGCGAAGGCAAAUGUGCUAUGGGCCGACCUUGUCCCACUGGUCUCUGCCGUCAACCGUCCAAGAGGACUCCCAGAAGACGAUCGUCCUCCAGUAGUUCCGGAAAUUUGACACCUGGUAGAACACCACCACAAACGCCAAGAAUGCUUCCAUCCGCACCACCCUCGCCAGCUCUACCUAGAUCAGCUAGCGUUAUGUCUACUACUCGGCCAAGAAGCGGUCCAGCAGGUUUACAUUCUUACACCGGAUCUGCGCCUCCCUCCAGGGCCGUUUCGAGGGUGGAUUUAUCAGCUGCCGUAGCUUGCAGUAGCAGUAAUACGAAUUUAGCUGCCGUUGGCAGGUCCAUCACACUUUCCGGUAGUAACUGGAGAUUAACAGCGGGAUCAGCACCGACCACACCAAGGCCGACACCUCCGGUAUCGCCUCAACGAUGGCCGAGGCGACUCUCCCGGCAAACACCACAAUUACCUGUACCAUCGGAAGCUCAUUCCUCGAUGACGUAGCAGCACAACAAGAUCACUCUUUUCAGUCUUCUGGAAUGAAGCCGAGAAACAUCAUCCAUGAGAGAAACGGUGCAGAUCUCUUCAACUUGUAUUCAAGACGCUUUGUCUUGAAUUUCUUCUCUUCCUUGACAAGUUUUUCCUUCUGUCUCUCUCUCUCUUUCUCUCUCUCUCUCUCUCUCUCUCUCUCUUUCUUUCUUUCUUUCUUUCUUUCUUAAUUUUAAGGUGGCUGCUUCACGAUCGUCAAGUAAGACCAUGGGAAAUAUUAGGACUGAUACUGCUUUUUUUAAAAUAGGUCUAAUAAUAAUCCGCCAAUCUGCGAUCGUUUCUGCAUCUCCGCUUCACCUCGAAUUCGGUGUAUACUUACUACUUAUUGGGUUAAUCAGUCGCCUUAUACGAUGUCAAUGAGUAAUAUGACAUCCCGCGGCCAAGAGGCAGAAAAACGCUGGCUAAUUUGUAUAUCAUACGGGUUUAACGGGUCGAGAGUAUUUAUGUUGGUAAUUCGCGAGAUUGAUAAUACAUUGAUGGGAAAAAAAAAAACUUUGACCGAUUUUGUACGUUUGUAAAAUCAUUAAUCGUCGUGGUAUCGGUACGAAAGAGAAAAAAACUCAAUGAGUCGAGUAAAAAAGUAAGAAGAUUUUACUCGAAAGAAAAUUUUUCUGAUAAGUAAACAUACGAUGAGAAUUCGAAGGAAAUUCUGGAAGCAAAGUGUGAUAUGUUGUUUUAUCACGUUAUCCCAUCACCAAUUUUGUUCGCAACCGUCCAAAUAAUUGUUGGCUUUGUAGCAGGAUCGCGCUAUUUAUCGCGAAUCGCUGUUGACACUCAGAAAAGUAUACAUAUAAACAUGUGUAUAUAUAUAUAUAUAUACAUAUACACAUGGCUGAGUGUCAUGUUGUUACGAGGGGUUUUCAAAGAGAAUAAUACGUAGUUAUAUGUAGAUUAACGAAAAAAAUAUAUAUAUACAUACAUACAUACAUACAUACAUACAUACAUACAUACAUACAUACAUACAUACAUACAUACAUACAUACAUACAUACAUACACACAUACAUAUAUAUAUAUAUAUAUAUAUAUUGUAAAAUAUAUAUAUAUAUAUAUUUCACAAGCACACGCACGAUUUACAAGUAAUGAUUGAUAUAUAAUGAAAAGAGGAAAAAAAAGUAGGACAAAAUUUGGCAUGCGUGUUUUAAAGACUCGCUCAAAUUUAUUUAUUAAAUGAUUCUUUUCUCUUUAUCUUACAAAUAGUCUCUCAUCGUUGCGUUUGCAAUUAUCGAAAUUUCUUUUUCCUAUAAAUUUAGAAGAAAAACAAUGAUUAAAGAGGAAACGUACAGACUACUUUCUCGUUCUUAACAAUCACGUAUUAACAAAUACAUACAUAAAUAUGUAUCCGCCGAUUUAAAUACCGGAUACUGGCUGUUAUAUUAGUUGUAAUAUUUUGUAAUAACACCGAAUAUAUUAUUGUUUUCAUAGAAACUUGCGUAUUCGCUAAGUGAAUAAGAUGAACGCGAAAGUAAAGACGGCGUAAAGCGAUGUUUUUAUCCAAGCAAUCACUGUGUACUUAGGGCAAUUAAUUCCACUGUGCUGCGAUGACACUGAAGGAACCAAAAAAAAAGAUCGCGUAGACUAGACGAUAAAUGCAAUAAAUUGUAAUCGUAUUUUUGUGCGCCUUUCGAAAAUUAGAAAGAACGUUUGAUCGUUCUUUCUGCGAAAUCUUCAUGAUACGCUUUCGAUUCGAAAAAAGAAAGAAAAAAAGUAAAAGCAUCUACUAUAUCUCUCUGUAAUUAAUUACUGUCGCGUAAAAAUCAUAUACGACUUUUCCCGUAUAUAGAUAUUUAGAAAGUAGUAGGAUAUCGAUGCGUCAGAUCGCUUCGAAAUCGAAGAGUAACAUUCUCGAAGAAGGUUUUCCAUCAUCUAUCAAACAUUAAGCAUACGAGAAUCUGUAGUAUACCUCUUAUAUUUUCACGGACAAGCGGCUUAACUGAAGUAAAUAUAUAAUAUUAAUGCGAGUAGAUCGGUGCGAUGAAUCGCGUAAAAAUAUUAUUGAUCGAAAUAUUUCGUUGUCGGAACGAAAAUAUACAAGUGAAAAAUUAAUUGGCCAUUAUAUUAAGAAAAUCAAACGAAGAAAACGUGUUAAAAAUUCCUACUUGUAAAUUCGUAUUUAUCUAAGAAAAGCUCUUCGAAUAAUCCGCUUGUUCGAAAGCACAGACAAAACAUCCUAAAAAAUAACAUAUUUUACUGUUGCAAUAUUCUACUUUUUUACAAUGCGUUCGUGUGCGUUAAUCGCGCGCUAUAUUUAUUACGUACGUAGAUGCUCCGUGAAAACUUUAUUCGUGUUCUUUGGCAAUUUCUGAACGUGUAUAAUGAAAUUUCGAAAUUGUAAUAAAGAACGAAGAAUUGUUGUGUCGAGGAUUUAUAGAAAUAUCGAUCGGAAGAAGAAAAUAUCUAUUUAACGCAAGUACGUGCGAUUUUAUUAUUAAAAAAUAUCAAAGUUUAGAAGCAGCACUUGGAAAGGAAAGUUUUCUAUAACGAAACCAUAUAAAAUUAUAUCAUUGUUUCAUAUCAAUAGAUCGCUGGUCGAUAAAAAUUUUGAAAUCAACAUAUGUACGCGUUCGUGAGACGGUAUCAAUUAUUUUUUUACGGUUGGUUAUAACGUCGGUGAUCGAGCGAUUCAAAAUUCUUGGCGAUUCUGAUUAAUGAAAUAACAAAGAACGUCGUUAAUGAUGUUACAUGAAAUUUUCAAUCUACUGCAUUUAUUUUUCUAUUCUCUCCUCCUCCUCUCGUUGUCAUCUAUUCACGGAAAAUAAAUGCAUAGAAUAUAUGGAAUAAUGUUAAUUACGAUAUGAACGAUUAAAUGCUACGCCCUAACACAUAAAUUUGUUACUCACAUAAAAAUGGCUAAUUACUAAUUAAGAUAUUCUAUGAUUUAACUUAGAAAUGCUGAUCAUGAUUAUUAAGAAAUGUAAACGUUACGCAUGCAGUUCAUUUUCAAUAAUUCCAUUCGAAUCGUACUCGUCUCAUCAGGAAUAUACUACUUGACAUUAUUUCACUGAAAUGUAAUCUAAUCUCUUUUUCGAAUUUUGUUUCUAAACGACCAUGACACAAAUAUGAAGUAUAUUCGAACGACUCUAUACCAUUCAUUAUAAUGUACAAGUGUGAAGUCUACAAUUUUAUUUCACGAUCGUCCCAACCUGCGAAGUAAUCUAAACUGUUCGAUUAUUAUAUGUAUCGUUUAUAGUGAAAGGGAGCGAUAUAUGAAACAAAUCGCUCAAAUGUGAACAACAUUUUUGUUGUGUGAACAACAACUUAACGUUAAAUUUAUACGUUGUUGAUAACUAUAAAUAUGUAUGAGAUGGGCAUAUAAAAAAUUUUACAUACAUAUAUCGACAUAUACACAUACGUCGAUCAUGCGAUCAGCUUACAAAGUCAAUCGUUUUAGAUAUUCAUAGAUGGACAUAAAUGCACCGUUGCAUUCGUUCAAGUAUUUUUGAUACAUCCGAAUAAAUCUGUGAUGCGUCUUAUUUAAACGCACUACAUUUCAUAUCAUCGUUCGUCGGUGUUACAUCUCGAUGAAUUGUCUAAUGUUAAUUGAAAAGUAUUAUACUCGCAUCAUUGAAAUAGAAAUAAAGUUUGAGAAAGCUUAGCACAUAUGAUUUCAUAACCAUCACUAUGAAAAAAAACCUACGUUCGUUCGUUUACCUAUACAUGUAUUAAACCAUUUCGAAUUUCAUCUUAAGUUAAUCUUUUCAUCCGAUAACGUACACGUCUUUCAUACAUUUUUAUAAAUCCAGGAGUGUAACAGAGGCAGAGGCAGAGGCAGAGGGAGAGAGAGAGAGAGAGAGAGAGAGAGAGAGAGAGAUAGAGAGAGAACGAGUGAAGUACUUUAGUUGGAAUGUCACGCGUUUAAACUGAGAUAUGCAAAAUCAUACAUGCACAAAAGUAAGAAAAUACGUGUACGGAGGGAUUAAAAGGAUUCUAAGGACUAAACUGAAGAAAUAUGUUUUUUAACAUCUGACGAAAAAACGUUCGAAGAAAGAUAACUAUGCAAGUGCAAUCGUUAAAGAAAUCGCCAAAUUUUGCUAAUACUGCAUAGUUCAAUUCAUAUCGUAUAUUAUUGGAAGAUACUUUUGGCUAGCUUUUAGUCACAGAGCAAAGUUAAAACGUUAAAGCAAAAACAUGCAAUAUUUUUCCAUGUGCAUUUAUAAUAAAUCUAUAAAAAUCAACGGAGUGAAGAUUUUCGCUUCGUCUAAUCGACAAUUCGCACGAAACUUUGAAAAAAUGUCUGUACCUGAAUCUAUCCAAAGCCGAAUCGCGAUCCGUUAUACGCUUAUAGAAAAAGGGUGUGUGAUAAGUUCGAGAGAGAAAAAAAAAAAAAAGAAAAUUUUUCUAACUUCACAAAAGGGCAUCCGCGUCCCAUAAAAUGGACUAUGAUAUUCAUUUAUCAUAAAAUAUUGUCCUUGUACUUCGUUAUCGGUCGAUACACUACAAAAACUAUAUCGAAGCUACGAGACAAUUAAUAAAAAUUUGUUCCUGGCACCAAGGCUUUAUACCUUGCAUUCUUCAUUAUUCCACCUUUUUGGUCAACAUUUUUUUAAUUAUAACAUUUUUCAGUUUUAUUUUAAUGGAUCCAAGUAUAAUUAGUAUAUGAAAGGAAUUAGUAAAGAAAGCUCGUCAUCUAAAAACAAGAAAUAGCUGUUUAUAAACUCUAUGGCAUAUGUACAUUUGUUAUUUUAUCGAAAUUUGAUAAGAUACAGAUGUGAUACGGUGUAAGGUACAAAUAAAAUGAUAGUUUUCCAAUA